ACACUACGCUAACGCAUUCAGUUUCACAUUCUCCUUGGUUGCUGCAUUUCCCAUGCAAAUAAUGACACGCACUAACGCAACGCGUCAGUUUUCGAGAUAGAACCAACCAAAUCUGUGAAAAGCGUGACCAUUCUGAGUGCCACUAUAUAACCAUUUUUUCGAAUCGGUUUCUGGCAUUAGUCGUUGUUCGAGAAAAUGGCGACCAUGACGAGCUUGAUCGGUCUCAUCAACAAGAUCCAACGCGCCUGCACGGUGCUCGGCGACCACGGCGGCGAGGGAAUGUCGCUGUGGGAGGCGCUUCCCACCGUCGCGGUGGUUGGAGGACAGAGUUCAGGGAAAUCUUCAGUGCUGGAAAGUGUUGUGGGGAGGGAUUUUCUGCCACGUGGAUCUGGUAUUGUCACACGGAGGCCACUAGUGCUGCAACUUCACAAGACAGAAGAUGGGAAACAGGAAUAUGCUGAGUUUCUUCAUCAACCAAGGAAGAGAUUCUCAGACUUUGCUGCUGUGAGACAAGAAAUUUCAGAUGAAACAGAUCGUAUAACUGGGAAAACAAAGGCAAUUUCAAACGUUCCAAUUCAACUCAGCAUAUAUUCUCCACAUGUUGUGAACUUAACCCUCAUCGACCUUCCUGGAUUGACAAAGGUUGCUGUAGAGGGACAAUCAGAGUCUAUCGUUCAAGAUAUUGAGAGCAUGGUCCGCUCUUAUAUUGAGAAGCCCAAUUGCAUUAUAUUGGCCAUCUCUCCUGCAAACCAAGAUAUUGCUACUUCAGAUGCAAUAAAAAUUGCAAGAGAAGUUGAUCCUUCAGGUGAAAGGACAUUUGGGGUGUUGACAAAACUUGAUCUUAUGGACAAAGGAACUAAUGCAGUUGAGGUUCUCGAAGGAAGACAAUACAGGUUGCAGCAUCCUUGGGUUGGAAUUGUCAAUCGUUCACAAGCUGAUAUUAAUAAAAAUGUUGACAUGAUUGUUGCUCGCAAGAAGGAGCGUGAAUAUUUCGAGAGUAGUCCCGAAUAUGGACAUUUGGCACAUAAAAUGGGGGCAGAAUAUCUGGCCAGACUUCUAUCCCAACAUUUGGAGCUUGUUAUUAGGCAGAAGAUACCCAGUAUCAUUGCCUUAAUAAAGAAAGCCAUUGACGAGCUUAACGCAGAGCUAGACCGAAUUGGCAGGCCAAUAGCUGUGGAUUCAGGGGCGAAGCUAUACACAAUUUUACAGAUGUGUCGAGCAUUUGACAAAGUAUUUAAAGAACACCUGGAUGGAGGCCGUCCUGGUGGGGACCGGAUAUAUGGUGUUUUUGACCACCAAUUACCAGCUGCUUUAAAAAAGCUCCCAUUUAAUCGUCAUCUUUCCGUAAAGAAUGUUGAACGAGUGGUUACAGAAGCGGAUGGUUAUCAGCCACAUCUAAUUGCUCCAGAGCAAGGCUACAGAAGACUUAUUGAGGGAUCUAUCGGCUAUUUCAAAGGCCCAGCGGAAGCCUCUGUGGAUGCUGUCCACCUAAUUCUGAAGGAGCUUGUUCGGAAGUCAAUUGCAGAAACUGAGUUGUUGUGGGAGAUGUUCAAGACUUUUAUGGUGUUCAAGGGAUGGAAAUCCGAGGGGAAGAUACCAUUCAAAGAGUUCUUUGAAAGGUCGAAGAAGGAUAGUGAGGAAUUGAAGAGGUUUCCCACCCUUCAAGCUGAUAUAGCUGCUGCUGCAAACGAUGCUUUGGAACGAUUCCGUGAAGAAAGUAGGAGGACUGUGAUCCGGAUGGUCGAUAUGGAGUCUGGCUAUCUAACAGUGGAAUUUUUUCGGAAGAUGCAUCUUGAACCAGAAAAAAAUUCAGAUCCAAAGAACCCAAAUCGAAGUACUCCUAAUCCCAGUGUGGAUACUCACUCAGAUAGUCACCUCAGUAAAAUUGGGUCAAAUGUUAAUGGUUAUAUCAACAUGGUUUGUGAUUCACUAAAACAUUCUAUUCCGAAAGCGGUGGUUCAUUGUCAAGUUAGAGAGGCAAAGAGGUCAUUGCUAAACCAAUUUUAUGUUCAAGUUGGGAAAAGGGAGAAGGAUCAGUUGGGAGCGUUGUUGGAUGAAGACCCUGCACUCAUGGAAAAGAGAUCACAACUAGCUAAAAGGCUUGAAUUGUACAAGCAAGCUAUGGAUGAUAUUGAUUCUGUGGCUUGGAAAUAAUGAACAUACUUCCCAUCCAUUACAACGAAUGCUAAAGCUUCAAUUUUGUGCAUCUACUCUACAACGAAGAGCUAUCAGAGAUAAAUUAUUUCACUAUUUAUUACUAA